ACCACCAUCAUGAGGGAGGGGCUGUGUGUAAUGCUAGUGGCCGGUUCCUGGGUUCUCUCCUGUGGCAUUGCCCUUUUGCAUGCCGUCUUCUUGGUCGGAGUGUCUUUCUGUGCUGACAAUACCAUCACCCACUACUUCUGUGACCUCGCUGCACUCCUGAAGCUGAGCUGUUCAGACACCUUCAUCAAUGAGCUGGUCAUAUUCAUCGAAGCAGGAAUUAUUUUUUUUGUGUGCAUUGGUGUUACUUUGGGCUCCUAUAUCCGUAUAGGGACCAUCAUCCUGAGGGUGCCGUCCACUAAGAGACUCUAUAAAGCCUUUUCUACCUGUGGCUCCCAUCUCUCUGUGGUGUCUUUAUACUAUGGGACAGCUACAGGUGUUUACUUUUUCUCUUCAUCAUGGGGUUCCAAAGACAUAAUUGCUUCUGUCAUGUACAUGGUAGUUACCCCCAUGCUGAACCCCUUUAUCUACUGCCUGAGGAGCAGAGAUAUAAAACAGGCCUUAGAGAUGU